CCCGAGCUCCAUCAUUAAAUACAUUUAAAAACCGGUUGUACAAACAUGUACAUCCAAUGGCCUGAAAUGUUGACUUCGUUUCAUCCCUGCUCUGACUCUCAGAGGGAGAACCACUGUCAGGUGAUUUCCAGGCCGAGCCCAAACCUCACCUGUGAUGGAAUGAUCCAACUGUCACAUUUAACAACAUGUGACCUGCGUGCAGCACUGACACACCCACAAUCUUUAUUUCAUACGACGCCUUAUAAAUACCAUCUGAACACACACAUUACGCACAAAUAUUUUUUAUUUCCACACCAGGAAAAUACCUUCUGCUCCAUUGCAUUUACUACAAAGACAAAAUGUGUGAUCACGAGAACAAGACCGAGAAUGAAGAGGGAAACGAGGAAGGAUGCAAAGGAGGUGAAAAGCGAGAAAAGGAACAUGGAAGAGGAGGAGGACAUGGAAGAGGAGGAGGAGGAGGAGGAGGAGGAGGAGGAGGAGAACAUGGAAGAGGAGAAAAAGGAGAAGAACAGAGAAAAGGAUGUGGAAAAUGAGGAGAACAUGGAAGAGGACCUAAGAAUUAAGAGCAGAAUUCCUAAAACUUCCAUUCUGCGAUAAUGCUUGUAAAUAAUGAAAUACAUUAUUCAAUAAAUCAAUUCAGAAAAAA